UGUUUCGGUGUCUCUUUUUCCGAAAGUUCCAUAAGAGCUGGACAUCAUUACGCAUUGAAUAAACGGUAUUUUAUUAUACUUUAUCCGCCUUGUCCAGAGUCUCAACUUGAUCUCAUUUCUCGUAUAUUAUUCAUUAACAGACUCAAAACAGGUACAUCUUUCCUGAAUGACUGCGGUACUUAUGGACCUGAGAGAGACCACCACAUUUGUUGUGCAGAAGCUGAGCUGCGAUUUUGAGACAAUGUAGCUUGCAGUGUGUGGCUGGUUGUUUGCUGCGAAGUUCCUCGUCCUUAAAAUGAAAUUAAUCUCUAAUUAGUAGGCAGGACUCCCCCUCCAGAUUUCGUUUCUGGUAACUCAGCUGACGCUCCAGAGACUUGUACUACUUUGCUUGCUGCCACUGCUCCAUCACAACUUUCUAGGACACAGCCUACUGGCAGUUUGUUGCAAGUUCGAGGAGUCAACCUACUCGCAUUUCCAUUUACAAUGAAAAUGUAUGGCAUAGACAGGGACCGACAUUUCAUACAUUGUCUGUGGAUUGUCGGCUAUGUUGCCUCCUCCCCCCUGCAUUCCAUUCCUGUCUCCAUCUCUUGCAAUGUGGGAAGCCAAGCCAUCCUUCCCUGCAAGUGGAAGUCCCAGUUUGACAAAAUCCCAGUUUGCCAUGUCCAGUGGCAGACACCUGAUGAGACAGUGUUUGAACAGAUGGGGGCGCAACGGUGGCAGGCAACCGAGUUUGAGGGGCGGGUGGAGGUACCUGAGGAAAAGCUGUGGGGGGGAGACUGCUCUCUGAUCUUGCGUGACGUGCAGUUUGGGGAUGUGGGGCUUUACGAGAGCUUCAUGGUGGUUGACAGGGCACAUAAUAAGAGACGGGUGUUCAUCCAGAGUGUCCAGCUCUCAGUCCAUGAACACACGUCCGAGGAGUCCUUGAGGGUGGGUGAAACCCUGGACCUGAAGCUCCACACUCCCCAGGCCAUGAAAGUGGUCUUCCAGGGGAGGAACAGCACAGAGAUGACGGUCCUGUGGAUGAGGGGUGAAGAGGAGGUCAACAGUGGUCGUCUUAAGGAGGUCGAAGGGUUUGUGGUCCUCAAAGGGUUGAAGAUAGACGACUGUGGGACAUAUACCGUGUUGGAUUCCCACGGCCUGCCGGUUAGCACGGUUCAUCUUACAGUGGAAGCAUAUCAGGUUGAUGAAACUCAAAAAUUCCAUGAGAUCCAGGGCAAACAAGCACCUAUCGGUAAAUCAACAUAUAACAGGUCCUCCUCUCUGCUUAUGUUAUUUGUCCUGCUGUUCAGUCCCCUGAUUCAGCAUCUCCUGAGUUGAGUUUUGAGUUUGAGUUUAUUUUUAUUUUUACAGGGACAGUGCGCAUUAAUCAACGUUUCAGUAAAAGUGCCGGUUUUAGCCAGCCGGCUAAUUUUCAACCGCAGUCCCUGGGCAGGUUAUUAAAAACAAUUACAAUAUAGACAAUAGCAACAUAGAACAAGCAAGACAUAGCAACAUAGGACAAGCAAGACGUAGCAUACAGACAGAGCAACAUAGAGCAAAAAGCAGCAAGACAAAAUUCAUAAAAGCAACAAAGUGUUUCCACACCUCACAAGCUACAGACAACAGACAACAUGGAAAGCGGCAACACACAGCUAGGGACCAUGUUCACAAAUCUGAUUGACCUUUAGCCAUGUCUUCAAGCAUUUUGUGAAAGUGUGAUAUGUGGUGCAGUUAUGUGUGUCUGAUGGCAGUGUAUUCCAGACAUGGGAAGCUCUCACAGAGAAUGCAGAUUUACUAAAGGUGCUUUUCCUUAGGGGAACUAUACAGUCACCUCUCAUGGCAGACCUUGUGGAUCUGCUGCCAUAUGUCUGGGUUUUCUGUUUAACAAAAAUAUUGAGUGGAGGGGGAGCCAGGCCAUUAAGGAUCUUGAAUACAAGACAUGCGUUGGUGUAUUGCACAAGAUUUUCCCAACUCAAGAUCUCAUGCUUUCUAAGGAUGUGACAAUGAUGAUGGCUAUUGGGCUUCCUAUCAAGCACUUUGAGAGCCUGUUUGUAGACAGACUGAAUAGGUUUUAAUGUUGUACAGCAAGCUUGGGCCCAACUAGUCAAGCAGUAUGUUAAGUGGGGGAGUAUCCUAGAGUUGAAGUACAGUUUUGCUACCUCUGUAGUCAAACAAUUUCGUAUAAAUCGGAAAUUAGCUAGGUUGAAUUUAGUUAUUUGAAUUACCUUUUUCACAUGCUUUUUAAAAGAGAGGUUGGAAUCAAGUAUGAUGCCAAGGUACUUAAAAUCGGAUACCACCUGGAGCUUCUCCCCUGACACAUAGACAUCUGGCUCAGUAGCAUCUGUUGCCCUCUUUGUGAAGAACAUGCAAACAGUUUUUUUCACAUUGAGAUGCAAACACGAGUCACUGAGCCACUUUGUAAUCUGGACCAUUACAGUAGUGAGUUCUUGUGCAGCUUGUUGUUUGCUCUUUGCAUGCACAUAUAUCACUGUAUCAUCUGCAUACAUUUGAACUCUAACAACGAUCUGUCAUGUAAGCAAGGUUUAAACCUAUUUGGCUGGUUUCCCAGACUGUCUGAAAUAUUUUUUACGCCCAAAGCCAAAUCACAAAUCAGAGUGCUAGGGAGCUUUCCCCUGUGAAAACAAUGAAAUUGUGAUACAUAAAAAAUGCAAAAAAUAUGUUGGUUGUUGUCUGGCCAAUGUUCCAGGGAAUCUAAUAUCUAAUAAUGUAAUACAAUUAUAAAAAAUAAAGAUUGAGCCAGUUUCCAGGACCAGAUUAACCCUUUUCCAAAUGGACUAAAUAGUGAGCUCAAUAGAGAAUAUCCAUUGAAACUGCUUUCUAGGCCAGGACUAGACUUAAUCUGUGUCAAGAAAAUAAAAUCCCAUUAUUCAGUAUGAUGCCAUUUUCUCUGUUACUGUCAGUAGUGUAGUGUAGGUCUAUAGCUUACUGACCAUAUAUUAUACAGUUUGGGUCAUUCCAAUUCUGUAACAAAUUAGACUGUUGUUAAGGGAAUUUUUAUCAAUGAUGACUAUGUAUACAUUACAAUCAGGACUGACUAAUCAGAAUACUAUUAUGUUACUGUAUAUGUACUAAUCCGAAUACUAUUAUGUUACUGUAUAUGUACUAAUCAGAAUACUAUUAUGUUGCUGUAAAUGUAUGAGUUUUCUUUCUUGAUCCCAGUACAGAAUAUAAUGUCUGUGAAUGUGGUCAAGAGUUAGAACAAUGACUGUCUGUUCCUUGGUACAAAUGAGUCAGACUGGCUAGAAUGCUUAUCUACACGAGAAAACCUUGACUCUAAAUUAUAUUAAAUUGGUAGGGAGACGGAUGUGGGAAGGCUUGAGAUACAGCCUUUGUACUGGAACGGAGAUGGCACGGGUUGGGGCUGGAACUAAGGACGUCAUUUUCAGUUUAUAACCUGUGGUAAAACUGUAUCGUAUUCAGUUCUCUCGUGACCAGACGCGAACGGCAAAUUGGAAAUUCAAGGGUUUUCUUUCCCCCUGCACGCUCGUGCGCGCGCCGUUUGUGUGUCUGAUCGCAAUUAUAGAAUUGUACCAAAUCAAGUCUUUAUUAGGCUGGAAUACUUUCUUGACAGCAUUCCAUUUACACAUAUGGUAAACGUCACUAACAAUAUCUAAUUAGAAAGAACGCACAAAGGGCCUUUAUUCUUGGAGUUUUUUAUUUAUUUUUACAUUCUAUAAAACAAAAGUUGUUUAUUUAGGGAGAAAAUGUACAAACGUCUUAUCCACGAUUAAACUCGAAUGAUAAGAACAAAUGUUUGAAGCAGAGCAUCAGUCUCAAACAUGUUAACCAUAAUAAAAACGACAAAGCUAUGAUAGGAAACAGUGGAUGAGAACAAAUCCUCUGGAGAUUAAAAUAAUUUCCUAGACAGAUUUGCCUGGUAGCUAGCAGAUUUAGCCUUACGCAUCAGGGUCGACCUCUCGUGGCAAACAGUUCCUCUGGCAGUUAAUGAAACCUUCUUGGCAACGAGGGCACUCGGAAUAUCUGUACGGAGAGAGCUUUUUGUGACGUGGAUCAUAAUUACAGUUAGUCUAUCAGAUUGCGUGAUCCUCGUAAUGUUACGUGGAAAAUAGAACUAAUGGGACGCAGAAUGAAAUGUAUAUCACACUCGCACAAAUGUGGCCGGUUGUUUUUCGUAUUUGCAUUUAAUUUCUUUCACUGGUAAAUGCGAGUGAACUGCACAUACAGCUGACAGUCGGCAAAAUCAGCAUCACAACAAACAGGAGUGGCAGACACCGGAUAUCUACCUCGAAUAAUGAUGUAUUAAUCUCCAUGUCCGUUGACACAAACGCCGUACAUGUCUGUGUUGCAGCUCGACAAUCGGGAUGUUAGAUUUACUCAGUGGAUGUAUGUAAAAAAUAAACCAGGCCCUAUUCAUUUCUGCCUACUUUUAUCUCUGAUCUCGUCCCCGCGUACAUGGACAGAAAAUUGCGUAGUUGGUACGCAAAAUGCGGGCAUGUUUGCAAGUCUGUUGAAUUGAAUGAAAAAAUUAAAAAAAAAAAAUUGAAUGAAAAUGUGAUUGUUGUUCAAUUUUAUUACAGCAAUGUAGUCUUUAAUGUAUAUUAAAUAAACCACUGAAUUGUU